AACGGCCCUCCUCUUCAAGAUGGCGGCACGAGCGGGUAACGCGCAGGCGCACGGGUGCGGGGCGGGAGGUAGACACUACGGGGAGAGCAAGGGGACAAAACCCUCAAAGGGCGCUUUGAGGGGGCGCGCCGGCUACCUCCCGUCCUGACCCUGGUGGUGGGUCUGAACACGUGUGCGCGCGCGCAUGUGUAUCUAUGUAUGUGUAUGUGCGGCUGCAUGUGUAUGUAUAUGUAUAUGCCUGCGUGUGUGCAUGAAUGUGCGUGUAUAUAUGUGUCUGUGUGCAGGCACGUGUGUGUGUAUGUGCAUGUGUCUGUGUUUGCAGGCACGUGUGUGUGUGUGUGUGUGUGUGUGUGUGUGUGUGUGUGUGUCUGUUCGGGCACGUGUGUGUGCAUGUGCGCAUGUCUGUGUGUGGGCACGUGUGCGUGUAUGCGCAUGUUUGUUUGCAGGCGUGUGUGUGCAUGUGCAUAUGGCUGUGUGUGGGCACGUGUGUGUGCAUGUCUGCAGGCACGUGUGUGUGCAUGUGCGCAUGUCUGUCUGUGUAUGUGCAUGUGUCUGUUUGCAGGCGUGUGUGUAUGUGCAUAUGUCUGCAGGCACAUGUGUGCAUGUGCAUAUGUCUGUUUGCAGGCACAUGUGUGUGCAUGUGCAUAUGUCUGCGGGCACGUGUGUGCGCAUGUGCAUAUGUAUGUUUGCGGGCACGUGUGAGCAUGUGCAUAUGUCUGCAGGCACGUGUGUGUGCAUGUGCAUGUCUGUGCGGGCACGUGUUUGUAUGUGCAUAUGUCUGUGGGCAUGUCUGUGUGCAGGCACGUGUGUGCAUGUGCAUGUCUGUGCGGGCACGUGUGUGUGCAUGUGCAUAUGUCUGUUUGCAGGCACGUGUGUGUGCAUGUGCAUAUGUCUGUUUGCAGGCACAUGUGUGCAUGUCUGUGCAGGCACGUGUGUGCAUGUGCAUAUGUCUUUGCAGGCACAUGCGUGUGCAUCUGUCUGUUUGCAGGCACGUGUGUGUAUGUGCAUCUGUCUGUGCAGGCACGUGUGUGUGUGCAUGUGCAUAUGUCUGUGUGCGGGCACGUGUGUGUGCAUGUGCAUGUCUGUGCGGGCAUGUGUGUGUGCAUGUGCAUGUCUGUGCGGGCACGUGUGUGUGCAUGUGCAUAUGUCUGCGGGCACGUGUGUGUGCAUGUGCAUAUGUCUGUGUUUGCAGGCGUGUGUGUGCAUGUGCAUAUGGCUGUGUGUGGGCACGUGUGUGUGCAUGUCUGCAGGCACAUGUGUGUGCAUGUGCGCAUGUCUGUCUGUGUAUGUGCAUGUGUCUGUUUGCAGGCGUGUGUGUAUGUGCAUAUGUCUGUGGGCACGUGUGCAUGUGCAUAUGUCUGUUUGCAGGCACAUGUGUGAGCAUGUGCAUAUGUCUGUGGGCAUGUGUGUGCGCAUGUGCAUAUGUAUGUUUGCAGGCACGUGUGUGCGCAUGUGCAUAUGUCUGCAGGCACGUGUGUGUGCAUGUGCAUGUCUGUGCGGGCACAUGUGUUUGUAUGUGCAUAUGUCUGUGGGCAUGUCUGUGUGCAGGCACGUGUGUGCAUGUGCAUGUCUGUGCGGGCACAUGUGUGUGCAUGUGCAUAUGUCUGUUUGCAGGCACGUGUGUGUAUGUGCAUAUGUCUGUUUGCAGGCACAUGUGUGUGCAUGUCUGUGCAGGCACGUGUGUGCAUGUGCAUAUGUCUUUGCAGGCACAUGCGUGUGCAUCUGUCUGUUUGCAGGCACGUGUGUGUAUGUGCAUCUGUCUGUGCAGGCACGUGUGUGUGCAUGUGCAUAUGUCUGUGUGCGGGCACAUGUGUGUGCAUGUGCAUAUGUCUGUGUGCGGGCACGUGUGUGUGCAUGUCUGUGUGCGGGCACGUGUGUGUGCAUGUGCAUAUGUCUGCGGGCACGUGUGUGUGCAUGUGCAUAUGUCUGUGUUUGCAGGCACGUGUGUGUGCAUGUGUAUGUAUACAUAUACAUGUGUGUCUACACGCACUGCACACUUCCCUGUGUGUGUGGCUUUCUGCAGGCUGCCCUGGUGGAGGGGCUAACCCCACUCUCCUCCUGCUACACACCUCCAAGCCCAGCCCAGGGCUAGUCUUGUCACACUGCCACCGGGUCGUCUCUGCGUGCAGCCUCCCUGCCCCACAGCGCCUUCAUUUGCUUUGCAUAGUGGGAUAGUCUCUCUGUGUGAGAUGCUCCUGGAUGACCCGACCAACCCCAGGUGGCAGGGAGUGAGUAAGCUGUUCCCCCCCACCCUCCUUGGAUCUGCUUUGCAGACUUUUAGAAAUGCAUGGUAAGAGGGGGCUCACCUUUCAGAAGCAAAAUGAGCUGAUCUCUGCUGGCGUCUCCGCUUGUCCGGCUGGGGGCGUGAGGUGGGGACAGCAAACCACACAAGUGGUCCCAGAAGGAGCCAUCUAAGGAAAAUGGGGCUGGGCAGAGGACACUUGCCUCAUCCAGGAAAAAGACAACAGACCAUUGUUGCCUGUGCUUCAACUCCCUGAAACACUUCUUGAAAAGGCUUUCCUUUCCCGUUUGUAAUUAAGAAAGAGUGCAACGUGGUGCAAAUCGAUCGAGAAGCUAUCGAGGGUGAACAGAGCUGCUUCGCAGUGCUGCAGGAACUCAGCAGGAAGGGCCAAAAGACAGACAUUGUCUAAUGUCACAAACAGCUGGAAUUGUCUAAGGCACAGACCAUGGAGGGUGUGUUGAGACUCCUACCCCCUAUUUCCAUUCUGGUAUUGCCAUUAUUGUCACUUAAUGGCAGCAGAGGUACUUGAAUCUCACCUCCAGAAGUCAUUAUUUAUUACCUUUUUCUCACCUGCUAUUUCCUGCUGUCCCCCCAUGGUUUUAUGAACCUGUCAGAGCCUUAUAGAGAAUUAUACUGGACAAUACAGUACGAUCUAACUGCAUUUUUUUCCUUUUCAUGCUCACUCUUUUUUUAAUGUCCCCUUCAUCAAGAACCAAAUUUAAAGGCAAGUGGAGUCAUGUGUGAAGGUUACCGGUAUUAAGACUUUCACCUUAAACACUUUACAAAUUGAGCUAAGUACAACAAAACACAUCCAGGGAGGAGUGAAUAGCAGUUUCCUUUGGCAGGGAUACCUUCCACCAGAAAAUCAACCCAGGUAACCCUCAUGUAUGCUUUCGGUGCAAUUAUUUUUUAAUGGUUGGCAGAAUCAGACUCUCAGAUUGCCAGUGGGAGGAGCUGUGAUGCUUUGAAGUGGGAGCUGCAAUGCUCAGUAAGGGUAUAAUGAAAAUGCAUUUGUCAUGUUCUCUUGAAAGAUUUGCUCUACAAUAAAGGAAGAUCCCGAAGCACUGAGUCAGCUACGUGCUGGACUGCGGGAAGCUGCAGCUGGCAUCCGUCUUUGUGCGGAUGUUGUAAUAUGAUCUCUGAGAAAAAUCAUUUCCAUUCAUGAGGAUUUGGAGCUUCCAAGAGAAAUCCUACAAAUCCAAACGCUUUUAGUUAUACGCACAUGAGUACGUCACUGACUUCAGUCUAAUUUAAACGGGCUAUUUCUUUAUGUGCUGGACAGUGUUUUAACAUUCAUUGAUACAAUACCCAAUGUGUUCCAAUUACAUUAAAAAAGGAAGAGCCUAGGCUUACAUAGGUGUUUGACUUUAUUUUGACGUAAUGUCUCUGGUACAGAAACAGUCCUGUAUGAUUACAGGAGCUGAAAUUCCUGACCAUUCUCUAGGUCAAUUCAUAUAUAAUUCACCGUGGACAAAAGGACUGGAAAAAAUACAGCAUGUGACCAAUUUCAAGAAUGCUUCUAUUCUUAAUAGGGGUAUAGGUUGUAGCCGUGUUGGUCUAAGGACAUAGGCAAACAAGGGUCUUUGGGUGAGUCUGAUAUCUUUGAUUAGACCAACCCAAAUAGUUGGAAAACAAUUAUUAAGCAAGCUUUCGGGAAUCCUCAAUCAUUAUAAUAAAACAAAUUCUAAAUACCUAUA